AUGUGGGAUCCAGUUGUAGUCAAUGUUAGCCAUCUGUCGUGUCAGACAAGUAGGGUUGCUUCGGAUAGGAGGUCACUUAUUUACUUGCAACCCCCAAAUGUUUUGGUUGGCAGGAAAAGAGCCCGGUUAGACGAUCUCACAGAGGAGGAGAAAAUUAUCAGAAGGAAAAUACUAAACAGAGAAGCAGCCCAAAAAGCACGUGAUCGCAAGAGGAAUUUGAUGGAGCAUAUGGAGGAAAACUUAGCUCAACUACGAUGGGAGAAUGAAUAUCUAAAGUCAUCUAACAAGAUGCUACAACAAAAAUUUGUGGAGCAGGAACAAAAAUUUCAAAUUCUUCAAAAGAAAUUUGAGGGUGUCAUUAAGCGUGUGGAGAGGUUUGCUGAAAAAGGGAGUGGCUCUCUGUCUGCUCGUACUACUGUAUCUCCACAUUUGUCUAAAAUGGACCCUGUCGAAACUCCCCUGUACAACGAUGCUCCAGAAGAUGUCUCGUCAACGCUUUUUGAUGCUCAAGUCGUUGAGGUCACAACACAUGAUCCGUCUGAAACUCCGAAGUCUAGGAACUACGAUUCCGCUGACAACUUAACCCCAAGCUCCCCUCUUUAUGAGAACAUUUUGUCCAGUCUCCAAGAAGAUGGUGUGCCGAGCAUCCCAGGAUUAACUGACUCAUAUGACUCGGAGGAGAGUCUUAGUGAUCUCCUAGAACUUUUGAGUGGCGAUGCUUUCGAAGAUGAUGUCCUUACGGGUGGUUUUUGA